AUAUCUUUAUUACGGUUCUCUUCAGAUGCUGCAGUUUCAGCCUGUCUCCUGAUACAAAGUGGAAAUAUUCCUCAGAAGCACAGCGACACAUUAUCAGGACUGGAUGUGAGGAUGGAGCAGACUUUGCUCUGUGUGAUGGAGCUACUGUUGAUCAGUUCACUCUUCCAUUGUGGGCAUGCUGAAGGACCUCAGCUUUCUGUGUCUCCAUCAUGGCUGAGUCCUGGAUCCUCGGUAACUCUGAGAUGUGAAAUUGAACCUCUGUCUGCAGGAUGGAGGUUCUACUGGUAUAAAGCUGUUCCUGAUCUGUUACACAAGAACUACAGUUAUGAUCUGCUGUCUGGUAGCACUGCUGGGACUGAACAUGAUUCCUACAUCAUUCAUGGACAAACACACACAGCAGGAUAUGUGUGUAGAGCUGGAAGAGGAGACCCAGUAGAUUAUACUGAUUACAGUGAACCAAACUUUGUCUGGUCUGCAGGUUCUCACCCAGCAGCAUCUCUCACAGUGAGUCCUGACAGAGAGAAACACUUCACUGUUGAUGAUAUCUCUCUGAUCUGUGGAGGAAGCUCUGCUGAGUGGAGAGUGAGGAGGUUUCCUGGAGGAAAAAGCUUUUCAGACUGCUCUUACUGGGGGACGAUGACUGGAUCUACAUGUAGCUUAAACAGUCGUCUGUACUGGAGAGGAGUGUACUGGUGUGAGUCUGGAUCAGGAGAGUUCAGUAAUGCAGUCAACAUCACUAGAGGAAGACCUCAGCUUUCUGUGUCUCCAUCAUGGCUGAGUCCUGAAUCCUCAGUAACUCUGAGAUGUGAGAUUAAACCUCCGUCUGCAGGAUGGAGGUUCUACUGGUAUAAAGCUGUUCCUGAUCUGUUACACAAGAACUACAGUUAUGAUCUGCUGCCUGGUAGCACUGCUGGGACUGAACAUGAUUCCUACAUCAUUCAUGGACAAACACACACAGCAGGAUAUGUGUGUAGAGCUGGAAGAGGAGACCCAGAGUAUCACACUGAUUACAGUGAACCAAAGUUUGUCUGGUCUGCAGGUCCUCAUCCAGCAGCAUCUCUCACAGUGAGUCCUGACAGAGAGCAACACUUCACUGUUGAUGAUAUCUCUCUGAACUGUGGAGGAAGCUCUGCUGAGUGGAGAGUGAUGAGGUUUACUGGAGGACAAAGGCUUUCAGACUGCUCCUCCUGGGGGACGAUGACUGGAUCUACAUGUAGCUUAAACAGUCGUCGGUACUGGAGAGCAGCAGUGUACUGGUGUGAGUCUGGAUCAGGAGAGUUCAGUAAUGCAGUCAACAUCACUAGAGAAAGACCUGUCCUCUCUGUGUCUCCAUCAUGGCUGAGUCCUGGAUCCUCAGUAACUCUGAGAUGUGAGAUUAAACCUCCGUCUGCAGGAUGGAGGUUCUACUGGUAUAAAGUUGUUCCUCAUCUUUUAUACAACUUGUACAAUUAUGAUCUGCUGCCUGGUAGCACUGCUGGGACUGAACAUGAUUCCUACAUCAUUCAUGGACAAACACACACAGCAGGAUAUGUGUGUAGGGCUGGAAGAGGAGACCCAGAGUAUCACACUGAUUACAGUCAACCAAAGUUUGUCUGGUCUGCAGGUUCUCAUCCAGCAGCAUCUCUCACAGUGAUUCCUGACAGAGAGCAACACUUCACUGUUGAUGAUAUCUCUCUGAACUGUGGAGGAAGCUCUGCUGAGUGGAGAGUGAUGAGGUUUACUGGAGGAGGUUUCCUUUCAGACUGCUCCUCCUGGGGGACGAUGACUGGAUCUACAUGUAGCUUAAACAGUCGUUGGUACCAGAGAGGAGUGUACUGGUGUGAGUCUGGAUCAGGAGAGUUCAGUAAUGCAGUCAUCAUCACUAGAGAAAGACCUGUCCUCUCUGUGUCUCCAUCAUGGCUGAGUCCUGGAUCCUCGGUAACUCUGAGAUGUGAGAUUAAACCUCCGUCUGCAGGAUGGAGGUUCUACUGGUAUAAAGCUGUUCCUGAUCUGUUACACAAGAACUACAGUUAUGAUCUGCUGCCUGGUAGCACUGCUGGGACUGAACAUGAUUCCUCCAUCAUUCAUGUACAAACACACACAGCAGGAUAUGUGUGUAGAGCUGGAAGAGGAGGCCCAGUAGAUUAUACUGAUUACAGUGAAGUAAACUUUGUCUGGUCUGCAGGUUCUCAUCCAGCAGCAUCUCUCACAGUGAGUCCUGACAGAGAGCAACACUUCACUGUUGAUGAUAUCUCUCUGAACUGUGGAGGAAGCUCUGCUGAGUGGAGAGUGAUGAGGUUUACUGGAGGAGGUUUCCUUUCAGACUGCUCCUCCUGGGGGACGAUGACUGGAUCUACAUGUAGCUUAAACAGUCGUCGGUACUGGAGAGGAGUGUACUGGUGUGAGUCUGGAUCAGGAGAGUUUAGUAAUGCAGUCAUCAUCACUAGAGAAAGACCUGUCCUCUCUGUGUCUCCAUCAUGGCUGAGUCCUGGAUCCUCAGUAACUCUGAGAUGUGAGAUUAAACCUCCGUCUGCAGGAUGGAGGUUCUACUGGUAUAAAGUUGUUCCUGAUCUUUUAUACAACUUGUACAGUUAUGAUCUGCUGCCUGGUAGCACUACUGGGACUGAACAUGAUUCCUACAUCAUUCAUGGACAAACACACACAGCAGGAUAUGUGUGUAGAGCUGGAAGAGGAGACCCAGAGUAUCACACUCAUUACAGUCAACCAAAGUUUGUCUGGUCUGCAGAUUUUCAUCCAGCAGCGUCUCUCACACUGAAUCCUGACAGAGUUCAACACUUCACAUCUGACUCUGUUUCACUGAACUGUGGAGGAAACUCUACUAAGUGGAUGGUGAGGAGGUUUAAAGAAACAGGUUUUCUGUCACGCUGCUCCUCCUGGGGGACAAUGAAUGGAUCCUCAUGUAACAUGAACAUGAACUGGUACGACAGUGGAGUUUACUGGUGUGAGUCUGGAUCAGGAGAGUUCAGCAACACAGUCAACAUCACUGUACAGAAUGAUGAUGAUGGCGUCAUCCUGGUGAGCCCCGUCCAUCCUGUGACUGAGGGAGCUUCUGUCAGUCUGAGCUGCAGACUGAGAAAACAAAACACACUUUCCAGUGUUUCUUUCUAUCACAACGACAAACUUCUCCAACAUGAUGGCAGAGAGGAGCUGAACAUCUCUGCAGUGUCACAGUCAGACGAAGGUUUCUACAAGUGUCAACAUGCAGGAAAGACGUCACAACAGAGCUGGAUGUCAGUUACAGCUGUGUCCAGACCUGAAAGCUCUUCAUUUCCUGUGCUGUUGAUGGUUGGAUCAGUUAUUGGAAUCAUAUUAUUGAUUUUCCUGCUCUUGUUGUGUCUGUGCAAACAGUCCAAGGAUUUAUGCUGCAUCAGGUGGAUCCAGUCACAGAGCAGCAGUCAGAGCUCCAGUUCACAUCCUGGAGUCAACCAGAAUGAAACUAACCAGUACAGCUCUCCUCUCCACGUAGAUGAUGUUUGUCUCUAUGAGUCAAUCAAACCCACUAAACAGACUAAAACUGAUGCAGAUGAAUCCAGAGAUGUCACAUACUCUCUUAUUGAACUGAAACAUUUUGGGAAAAAGGGGAGGCAUCAUGAACCAGAGGAGAGUUGUGUUUACUCUGAUGUGAAGACAGGAACUGCAGGAAAGUGGAGUCCUGCAGCAGCUGAUGCAGCAGUUUAUUCUGAGGUCAGUUUAGGAGCAGCUCUGGAUAACGAUGCUGCCAUGUAGGCUGCAUGCUGUGCUGCUUUAUUCAGGAAUAUGAAAGAUGGAAGAAAACUCACAAUAACUGUCAAAAAUAUCAGACAUGCUCAGUAGCUUCUGUUUUUAUGUUAUGAAAUUACCCUUUAAGCUCAAACUUUUCUUUUUAUUAUUAUUGAGUCACUUAGUAACGUUAGUUUUAGUUAUAUUUGAAUUAAGGGUGGGACUUUGACAUGUUAAUUACAAUUAAUUACGAAAAAUGAACUCUUUAUAAACUUUAAAGCUGCAUUUAUAUUCAUGCUGGGUCUGCAUAUGGUAGGGUUCAGUAAAGAUGAUGCCAGUGAAAUUUGCUCUUGCAAUCCAGCGUAUGGUUACGACCUUGUGUUGCAGUUCCUCUGCUACGGUAAGCACACAAAUUCAGCAAGAAGCUCCAGAAAUCUGAAAGUAUAUAAACCGACCAACCACAAGGAAGUACUUCAGUGUAAUCAUGCUGCAAGCAGGGGUGCACGUCAGGGCUGGAAGAGGUGCGCGUUGAGCCUCUGCGGACUUACGUGGAGCUUCCAGCAGUAACGCCGUAACCAACCCUAUGCAGAGCUUUUAUCAGAGAACAGUGGAAGCUGAUAAUAACUUUAGGUUUGUUCAUCUUUGGCCAGGGAUAUUUUCUGCUUAUUUUUGUACUGUUUCAAAUUUAAAUGCAAUUAAAUGCAUUUUUUUAGACAUUACUAGAGCUUAAGUUUACAAUAUUAAUGUCUGUGUCUAUCAGUCAUCCAUUAAAAUACAUAAAAAAAAAAAAAAUAAAUAAAAAAGCUUGUAGAUUUGAGGUCUUUUUAAUGAAUGAAGUAAUUAUAUGAGAAGCACUCUGUAUAUUUUAUUUUUGCCUUAAUGGAGUUUAUGUUAUUGUAUGUUUCAUGUAAUAUAAAUAAAAUGGUAGGAAUAAAAAGCUGAUGAAAAGUUAUGCAGCUAUGCAGAAAGUGUAACCAUGUAAAAAAACUGCUGUGUUCAAAGUUGUCGUAGUUCUGUUUAAAAAGGAACCAGAGGUUGGUUUUAUUAAAAAGAAGAAGUUUUGUAAUCCUGUGUUAGAUGUCUCCUUGUUCAUCUUUAAUGUCAAUGCAAAUUAGAAGACUCAUUAAUUGUGCAGCAGAAU